AUGGAUUGUGAAGAAUGCAAUUCAGUUAUUUGUUUAGAUUGGCGUGAGAUAUGUGAUGGUAAAAUCGACUGUAGUAAUGGUCUCGACGAAUAUCAUUGUUAUAACCUUGAAAAGAAUGAAUGUAAUCCAGACAGUGAAUACCGUUAUUCUAAUGGACAAUGCAUCGACAAGAUAUUGUAUAGAAAUCAUUAUUAUGAUUGUAUGGAUGAUUCGGAUGAAACCGUAUUCUUAUCGAAAUCAUGUAAUUUCUUUGAUCCUUUAAUGCAUUGUGAAAACUAUCCAUGUCAUUCAUUAUUGUUUUCAUGUGGAGAUGGACACUGUUAUAAUGGGCCAAACGUUCAAAGUACUGAUCGAUGUGAAACACAGCGAGAUCGUCUCUAUUUCAAUCAAAUGCCAUCAUCAACACUUAUUUUAUAUUCACAUAUACAUUUGAUUUACAAUGAUAUGAAACCAGAAUUGAUCCGUUUUAAUCAAACAUCAAAUGAAUUAACAUGUCGACUAUACAACACGUUUACUGAUGAGAAAUAUACUAAUUUCGAUGAUAUGUUAAAAGAUGUGAAACGUUUUGUACGCUCAUGCUCAUUGCUACAACAAAACAGCCACAAUUGUUCAUUAUUUCAAUGUAAUGAUCAAAGCAAAUGUCUAUCUUAUCAUCGAUUAUUAGAUGGUGUUGCUGAUUGUGCAAAUGAAGAGGAUGAAUAUCAUCCAAAUUCAUGUUCUUUUCAGAUUCCUUAUCGAUUUGCAUGUGAUAAUGGAACACGUUGUAUCUCUCAAAGACUUGUUUUUGAUCGCAUUCUACAUUGUUCAGAUAAGGAUGAUGGACAUGCAAGACACUUUCAUGCAUGUCGGGAUCAUAUGACAGAUCAGUGCCGUACUUAUCAAGGAAAAGCACCUCGUUUUGAUUUCACUUUUUCUGAACUUUGCAAUGGUAUUAUUGAUCGAAUGUCUAAUAUUUCAAAUGAUACAGAUGAAUCACAUUGUGAUAAAACCGAAUGGCCUUGCUCCACGUAUUAUAAUGAUUGUAAUCAUGUAUGGAAUUGUCCAGAUGGAAGUGAUGGAUUAAAUACAUGUUUAGGAUUCAACGGAAAGCUUACUUUUCUACAUUGUAAUAAUACGAUGCAUUUUUGUUUGGAUAUUCAACAUGGUUUUCCAAUAUGUUUACCAAAAGAACGAGCUAAUGAUGGCAUUAUUAAUUGUGUUGGAUCAAUUGAUGAACAAGAGUUUUGUCGACUGAAAUAUCCAGGAAAGUCUAUUCGUGGAUUUCGAUGCAAUGAAUCAGACAUUUGCAUACAACGUCAUCAGAUAUGUAAUUGUCAUCAAGAUUGUCCAAAUAAUGAUGAUGAAACAACAGCAUGUGUUUGGCUCAACAAUGGCCAAGCAACUUCAUGUGAUCCUAAUAAAUUUCGGUGUCGGGAUGGUCGAUAUACAGAUAAUAAUAAUUGCAAUGACCUUCGUUUGUGUUCGGAUGGUGAACAUAAUCUCUUCUGUCAAGUUGACAACAAUGAAAUUGUGAAAGAUUUUAGUAUAGACAGAAUUCAAGAACAUUUACAUCGAAAUACACAACCAUCAUCAACAUUAACCAAUAUCAUUCUAUAG